AAGUUUGUUGUCCUCGGCGUCCCGGACGCUUCCUGCGGUAGCGCCGGGACCGGGUCGCGGCGCCACCAUGGCGGUACGACAGGCCCUGGGCCGUGGCCUACAGCUAGGUCGAGCGCUGCUGCUGCGCUUCACGGCCAAGCCUGGCCCAGCCUACGCCUGGGGACGACCCGGCCCGGCGGCGGGUUGGGGCCGCGGAGAGCGCCCGGGCCGGACCGGGGGACCCGGCGCAGAGCCACGAGGGCUCGGGCUCCCCGACCGCUACCGCUUCUUUCGCCAGUCGGUGGCCGGGCUGGCGGCGCGGCUUCAAAGGCAGUUCGUGGUGCGGGUCCGGGGCGGCGCGGGCCCUGGCGGCCGAGCCGUCUUUCUGGCUUUCGGGCUGGGGCUGGGGCUCAUCGAGGAGAAGCAGGCAGAGGGCCGAAGGGCCGCCUCCGCCUGUCGGGAGAUCCAGGCAAUUUUUACACAGAAAAGCAAGCUGGUGCCUGACCCAUUGAACAUGCGGCGCUGGCAGGGCUUCCGGCUAGAGGACUAUCUGAUCGGACAGUCCAUUGGCAAGGGCUGCAGUGCUGCUGUGUAUGAAGCCACCAUGCCUGCAUUGCCCCAGCACCUGGAGGAGGCAAAGCACAUCCGGCCUCUUCCAGGAAGAGGCCCAGAUGUAGUCCCACAAGGGGAGGAGGUGAAUCAGGCUCCAGUGGCCCCUGCCUUUCCCUUCGCCAUCAAGAUGAUGUGGAACAUCUCGGCCGGCUCAUCCAGCGAAGCCAUCUUAAGCACCAUGAGCCAAGAGCUGGUCCCAGCUAGCCGAGUGGCCUUGGCUGGGGAGUAUGGAGCAUUCACUUAUAGGAAAUCCAAGGGUGGCCCCAAGCAGCUGGCCCCACACCCCAAUAUCAUCCGGGUUUUCCGCGCUUUCACCUCAUCGGUGCCAUUGCUGCCUGGGGCCCUGACCGACUACCCUGACGUACUGCCCCCACGUCUCCAUCCCGAAGGCCUGGGCCAUGGACGCACACUGUUCCUUGUCAUGAAGAACUACCCCUGUACCUUGCGCCAGUACCUUCGUGAGAAUGUUCCCAGCCCCCGCCUGGCCACCAUGAUGACUCUGCAGCUACUGGAAGGCGUGGAUCACCUGGUUCAGCAGGGCAUUGCGCACCGAGACCUCAAGUCUGACAACAUCCUUGUGGAGCUAGAUGCAGAUGGUUGCCCCUGGCUGGUGAUCUCUGAUUUUGGCUGCUGCCUGGCUGAUGAGCGUGUCGGUUUGCAGUUGCCUUUCACCAGUUGGUAUGUGGAUCGGGGCGGAAACGGCUGCUUGAUGGCUCCUGAGGUGUCCACAGCCCGUCCUGGCCCAAGGGCAGUGAUUGACUACAGCAAGGCUGAUGCCUGGGCCGUGGGAGCCAUUGCCUAUGAAAUCUUAGGGCUCGCCAAUCCCUUCUACGGCCAGGGCAGGGCCCACCUGGAAAGCCGCAGUUACCAAGAGGCACAGCUCCCUGCGGUGCCUGAAUCAGUGCCUCUAGACAUGAGGCAGCUGGUGAGGGCGCUGCUCCAGCGAGACGCCAGCAAGAGACCGUCUGCCCGUGUGGCUGCAAAUGUGCUUCAUUUGAGCCUCUGGGGUGAACAUAUUCUAGCCCGGAAGAAUAUGAAGUUAGACAGGAUGACUGGCUGGCUCCUCCAACACUCAGCCUCCACGUUACUGGCCAACAGGCUGACAGAGAAGAGCUGCGUGGAAACAAAGCUGAAGAUGUUGUUCCUGGCGAACCUGGAGUGUGACGCACUCUGCCAGGCCGCCCUCCUCCUCUGCUCAUGGAGGGCAGCCCCAUGACACCUCCGCAUGUCACUGAUGUGUUACUGAAAGGACUUGGCAGCAUUUGUGUUAUGGUGUGUGAAUGCCUGGAAAGCGGGAGUCAGGAGACGAGCUGGUGCAGAGGGGCUGUUCAGCCAGAGAAGGCCUCAGGUUUAGCAAGCAAAGGAACAACUGCAGCUGCUAACUCUAGCUGUGUGGCUGUGGAAAAAUCCUAUAACCUGUGUGGACUUAAGACUUAAGUUCUUUUCCUAUAAAAUCGACAUUGGUCCAGAUUGGGAGUUGGCAAACUGUGUGUAAGGCCAGAUAAUAAAUUAAAUUGUCACAGCUACUCAGCUCUCACUGAAGCAUAAAAACGAGCUAAGCAAAUGAGUGUGGCUGUGUCCAACACAGCUUUAUUUGUGGACACUGAAAUUUGAUUUUUCAUCUGUCACCAUAUUCUUUUCAUUUUUUUCCCAACCAUUUAGAAAUGUAAAAACCACUGAACUUGCAAGUGGUAGCCAAUUUGCCAAUCUCUGGUCUAGAUGAAUUCACAAGGCCUCUUACAAAUGCUAACUAACCAUUAGGCCCCUGUGUGUGCCAGUGCUAAAGAUGUGAAACGACCCUGUGCACAGACCCAAAAGAAUGCAUUCUCUGCACCAAGGGGGAAAUCACACUUGGCACCACUGCCGACCAGAAAGCCCUAUCAUGUUAAACCUUGUUCUGGCCUCACAGACCUCCCACGGUGAAUGGUUGUCCUAGUCUGUUAGAAAGGCUGAGGGGGUUAGACCUGUGCUCCACAUCAAAGGAUCCAGGCCAACGCAGUAACUGUGGAUGGCAGUCUGUGACAUUUGCCCCUAGCACAGAGAGUGGAUUGUGGCUUGUUUGAAAAAGGCCAUGCCCCCAGUUGGCAUGAGCCACCUGGGCCAAGGCAAACAUUGUACAAGUCGGUAAAUUCAGUUGCAUGAAAGCCCACCAAAAGGAGGCCUGGGAGGUGGGGAGCCUCUACACUAAUGGCAUGCCUUCUGGAACAGCCUGGGGUGUGUUGUGCUGAG